AUGUCUCUAGUCGUUACUGAACAAGGUUCUUUCCAACACAUUUUGCGUUUGUUGAACACUAACGUUGAUGGUAACGUUAAGAUCGUCUACGCCUUGACCACCAUCCGUGGUGUUGGUAGAAGAUACUCUAACUUGAUCUGCAAGAAGGCUGAUGUCGAUUUGCACAAGAGAGCUGGUGAGUUGACCCAAGAAGAAUUAGAAAGAAUUGUUCAAAUUAUGCAAAACCCAACUCAUUACAAGAUUCCAGCUUGGUUCUUGAACAGACAAAAGGAUGUUAACGACGGUAAGGACUACCACUCCUUAGCUAACAACUUGGAGUCCAAGUUGAGAGAAGAUUUGGAAAGAUUAAAGAAGAUCAGAGCUCACCGUGGUAUCAGACACUUCUGGGGCUUGCGUGUUAGAGGUCAACACACCAAGACGACUGGUAGAAGAAGAGGUUAA